AAUGCGCAUGCGCGGGCAGCAAACGACCAGUGGCGCUGCAGGAUGGAAACACCGGCUGUGUAGUCCAUAGACAUUAUAAUAUAAAUAUGUCUAUGGUUCAUUCUGCGUCUACCGACUGAUAGUUUCCGGAUUCGUUCAGGUUCGUGCAUUCAUCGUACACGUUAAUAUCCUAAACACAGAGUUUAUCUGCGGCUGGACGUUUCUGUCGGCUUGUUCAGAUGACGCAGCAUGAGACGUCGAGGCUAAAAGCUGCUAGCUGACAAUCAGAACACUUGCUGCGGGAUGACAGGCUUCCUGCUCCUUUAGAAGGACCGUCCCCCCCCCCCCCUCCGUGGCGACAUGUGUGAUCCCCGCUGAGGACGCGCCGUGUUCCGUCAGGCCCGGCUCGACAUGGGGAAAGGCUGUAAGGUGGUGGUGUGUGGCCAGGCGGCGGUAGGCAAAACAGCCAUCCUGGAGCAGCUGCUCUACGGAAACCACUCUGUAGGCUCAGAGUCCAGCGAGACGCAGGAGGACGUGUACGUGGCCUCGGUGGAAACGGACCGAGGUGUGAAGGAGCAGCUGAGGCUGUACGACACCAAAGGCCUCCAGGAUACGCAAGACCUCCCCAAGCACUACUACUCGGUGGCAGAUGGCUUUGUGCUGGUUUACAGCGUCGACAGCCUGGACUCCUUCAAGAGAGUCGACUUCCUGAAGAAGGAAAUUGACAAGUCCAGAGACAAGAAAGAGGUGACCAUCAUCGUCCUGGGCAACAAGAGCGACCUGGCGGAGCUCCGUCAGGUGGAGCAGGAGGCGGCGCAGCAGUGGGCGCGGUGCGAGAAGGUCAAGCUGUGGGAGGUGAGCGUCCGAGAACGCAACUCGCUCAUCGAGCCCUUCAUCCAGCUGACCAGCCGGCUCACGCAGCCGCAGAGCAAGUCGGCCUUCCCCCUGCCUGGACGCAAAAGCAAAGGCACCGCAUCCAACGACAUCUGAAAGACCCCCCCCCCCCCCAGCGUCUGACAACAACCUGAACGCCACUUACCCAGUUCAAGCCCACCUCCACAGCGCUAAGCAUCUCUGUAGUUGGUUAGAACAGAGGAUGGAGCAGCAGCUUCCUGGAGUCUGCCCCUCACACCGAGAUUGCUGCAAUAAAACCUGUAGUGCAAUAUGUGAACUGAUGUUAAAUACUAGCGUGUAGAUUUCUGAUUUCUGUUCAGCUUAGAAGCAACUCCCUCUCGCUGUAUGUGUGAGGCUAAAGAAGAGCUUUGGAUCCCAGAGACUGAUGGUGGUGAUCCAGGCCACGUGUGAAACGUGGGGAAAAUGACAGUUCAUGCACAAGUUGUUCCGUUUCACUUUGCUCGGUACGAUAGAUGUAUAACUUAAUGAGUCGUUGCCAUGCUCAGUUUACACUCCCACAAUAAGCUGGAUGCAGUUAAGGCCAUCAGCAUCAUUUCAGCAGCCAUGGUGCUCUCUGCUGCCCCCUGCUGUUUCCAGCCCUGCCGUCAGAAUCCAUCAGCUGAACCACCCACAGACUUCAUAAAGGAAGCCCCCAGUUGCUGAUAUUCAGCAGAGCUGGCAACCCUGGAGCUGACUACUGGCCUGAAACGCCAGGCGAGGCUGGGGUUGAGAUGUGACUGAACAACUAGAACAUCUGGGCCAUCGCCUACUGAGCUUAGGGUACCUUGAUGCUUCUGCUUCGGCCAAGCCCAGCUAGGUGGGAGCUGCUGGUGGGAUGCUGACAUUUGAUGAACCCCUCCAUGGUGUUAGCGUGUGACUUAAAAGCCACGAUGUACAGCGUGAUCUAGUUGUUUUUAACCUAUAUUACAGCAAUGCUAACUUAAUUAUUGUUACUUUGAUCGUGAGACAGACUUCAUCAAACAUGUAAUAAACAGCAGUUGUUCAUCCCCAGUGGUGCCCAUUAGGCUGCUGGUAUGGUAGAGCAGGUCUAGUUAUGAGCUGGUUAGUUAGUCUGGCUGCCCGCUCAGGUCACCAACCGUCCCUUUAAAACAGCGUUACAGGUGGCGCCAUUUGGAACUAAAAGUCUUUUUCUUGUAAGAAAGGAGAGCGUUAGCCACCUGUUUUCAGCAGCAACAUGUGGGGGAGGGAUCGUACUGCUCCGCCCCAGGCUUCAGCUGGAGAUGCGUCCAGUCCAGGGUCUCCGAGGGGCCCUGAAGCACAGGAGCAGUCUGAUAAGGGGUCUCUGGUAUAACCCGUCACUCCUGGGUCCGUGUCUGGCAGCAGUAAUCGUCCUGGUCCUCCAGAUGAAUGACUGCAGGGUGGGUCUGUUUUCCAGCCUGUGGAAUGGGAUGGGGCCGCUACCUGAAGCAGCCUGGUAAACCAUCUGGUUGUAGAAAUAAUCGGUGUUGAGAGGAAACGUUUAUUUUCUAACUCAUUUAUUUUUGUCACUUUAAUGAGCCACGCUCCCCGACUUGUGCGGAUGACGGCGGGCUGUUGCUGACGUUUAAUGUGCUGCUAGGACACAGACGGUGACAGACGGUGAGGACGAAUAAAGAGAUGACCAGACCCAAA